AUGGCAAUCACUUCUCAAAAUGUAUGGGAACCAAUUAGGAACCUAAAAGACCCGUCCGUCGUCAAAAUUGCCGGAAUCGCUGUGUUGAUACACAAUCGUCAAGCCGCCGAAACGUCCCUAAAGCUCGACUCUAUUGUCAGUGGGAAAAUACAGUAUAACCAUUCGCAAGAUCCAGGAACGAUUUUCAACCGAAGAUACGACCUCAUAAUCGUAGCCGUUGACGGCAAAAACAUCAAGAAACAUUAUGAAGUUGUUAUAACUGAUAAGCCGUUGAUUCUUGAGUCGUUUGAUGAGGUAUUGUAG